AUGGCGACGCCUAGCAAGUCGCAGUGGAGUCGCCUAGACAUGGCUCUCGGAGAGCUAUGUAUUGACUACCACCGAACUGAGCGAGAUGCCGGUGCUAGAGCAGCGCCGGAAGCUGAGUGGAAGGCUUGGCUCGACAAGCGCAUCGACAGAGCCAAGCGUAACCGCCUGGCGAGACAUGCUGUUGGAACGGAACGCAAUGAAGGGCUUUAUGAGGCUUCAAUGUCCAUGGAYAAGGCCAAGCUUGCUUCCUACGGAUCUCAGGCCAACGAUUAUGAAUGGAUUCUGAACCCUGAGGAAGAUCCGGCUGGCGAAGGCGGUGAUGACGAGGCUUGGGGAAAGUUUCCGCCUCCAGAGGGAAGAUCCAACUAUCAGCAGUGGAUCUGCGAGCGGAUUGCUCGUGCAAACAGAAACCGCGAAGAUGGUCAACAGCCUACGGCUAGACGUGCUUCAGACGUCAGCGAGGACCACCACGAGAUGGAUUUCGACAUCUGGAUGGACUCUGAGAUUCAAAAAGAGGGUGGAUAUCCCCUUGUGAGGGAUAAUAUGGAGGCUGAUGAUGACAACAAUCCGUCUCAGAACAGCAUCGAGGACAGGCAUGCUGAAUGGUACAAGCCGUCUCGCGAGUUGAAGAAGAACUGA